CUGACCCGUCAUGUGACGGUCCUAUGCCAGCUGGAAGAAAGUGUGUGUUUUUUUUAAUCCCAGAAAUGUUGUAAACGCGCGAUUAUGACUUCUUCAACCUGACACAUGGCAUUCCUAGGGUUGAUCUGUUGUUGAACGCCUAAAUUCUAGCUAAAUUUUCUUCACUAGUGCCUGUCACACAGUCCAGAGGGGACUGGUCGAGUGACACAGUUUUGUGAAACAAACUUUGCCCCCUGAAAAGUUGCCUUCGUCGAGUUUAGCAAUUUUGUUUUUGGUAGAGCGAACCCCCCGCCCAUGAUAAUGCCGGUGGCAGGAGAGCCCGAGGUGCGAACUACAGGUGGACAGGUGGACGUUAUCACGAUGGCCCUUAUUGACGCUGCCUAUGAUAAGAACGAGAAUGUGCGAGAUUUGAUUGGCACAUCGCUGUAUGACCUGGGACGCAAGCAGCCAGUCAUGGUGCUGAGUUCCCUGCACUCUUACCUCAUCAGACAUGCCAAGCUUGCCCAAGGCCAUCGUGUAGUGUUACUGUCCACCAUCGAGAGAAUUGUGAAGGACACCAUCGACGACAUGCCACAGGCUCUGGCUCGCGAGCUCAUCGACUUGAGUUUGGACGAAAUGACCAGGUCAAAGGAGAUUGUGCCUGACUGGCAGACUGCAGCCAGUAACGUGGUGGUUGCCAUGGGAACAAGGUUCUGUAAUGAGGUGAUGGAAGGUCUCCAUCAGAAGUUCCAGCCGGGCGUCAUGCCUCACUUCUUCGUGGUGCAGACACUGGGCAGUCUGGCCUCAGCCAAUGUGUAUGGCAUGGUUCCAUUCCUGACGGCAGUGUUAGGCACCAUGCUGCCCAUGCUGGGGAUGGCCAAACAUGACAACAUGAAAUGGGUCUUCGCUCAUGCUAUCGGUAAGUUCAGCGAGGCCAUCCUAGACUACGUUGCUAACAUUGACAAGGCCCCUGACCCCACUGUGAAGAAGGAGAUGUUCUCUGGUGAGAUCUACUCUGCCUACGAGACGUUUUUCAAAGUGUGGCUGCAGUCCAAGGAACCUAAGCUGCGGCUGGCUGUUGUGGAGGCGGUUGGUCACAUGAGCCACAUCCUGUCUCGGGACAAGCUGGAGGAACAGCUGACUAUGCUGGUGCAGGGCAUUCUGGGACUGUACAAGAAACAGCCUGAACCCUUCUAUGUCACACAGAGUCUGUGCAUGAUCCUGGAUGCAGCAACAGUAGAAGAGAGCACCAUUCUGGAGCCGCAGCUCGACAUGCUACUGAAUUCUCUCCAUCCCGGGGUUUGUGCCCAGCCUGACUUCAACAAUGCGAUGUCUGUGAAGAAUCACAAUGAACUGCUGAGAUGCUUUACAGUAAUUGCUCGGUCAUUCUCAGACAGAACUAUCGGGUUCCUGAUGCAGAAGUUGGAGAGCGGCGGGCUUGUUAACUCGGAGAAGAACAGGAUAGGAACUCUGGAGAUCAUCAAACAUCUCAUCAACUCAGCAGGCCCAUAUAUGGAGGACAAGAAACCCCUGGUGGUAUCAGGUCUUCAGGCCAUCCUGACAGAAAACAACAACAAGGUGAAGCGGAUGUCCAGCCAGGUGAUCAUCGCCAUGGCGCAUCAUGAGUACCUGGAGCUGGAAGGGGGCACACUGAUGGUGGAGUUCAUCGUCAGACAGUGUACACUUCCCAACAGUCCUCCUGCCCAUACCCCAACCAGCCCCACUGGUGACUAUGGCAAGAGGUCCCCAGAUCCAGACUUUGUUACAAACGAGAUGCUACGUUCUAUGUGUGAGAACGUACUUCAGCUGGUGACGACCACAAUAGAGUGCAUGGAGAGGGUUCUGUGGCCCUACAUAUUAGAACUGUUAGGACCACCCCAGUACACACCAGCCUUUGGUUCCAUUGCCCGCUGUGCUGCACACCUGGCCAACAAGAAACGGGAGGCAAAUGAUGAGGAUUACAUGCUGGACUAUGAGGUUUCAGGUCAUAAUAAAGUGAACAUUCCAAAGCCACCUGCCAUGAUAUCCAGACUUGUGGUGAUGGCAGGACAGCCCCAUGCCGGAGGUGGGCGUGGUCAGCACAUCCUGUUACUGAUGAAGGGCCUGUCCCCCAACCUGAACCCUGACCUUGUCGACCUGUGGGAUGCUGUCAUUCCCAAACUCAUCCAGUUUCUGGAAGACUGUGAUGAAGAUGAAGAAAAGUGGUCACAGAAGACCUGGGAAGAUUUGAUGCUGAAGAUGCUGUCCAAGAGUAUGGAGGUUGUGAACGAUGAUGACUGGAUGGUGGAGUUUGGAACUGAGAUGGGGAAACAGAUCCCCCUGUACAACAACCAUCCUGAGGAGAAGCAGCACCUGGACCUGCUGUUCUCCACUGUGAAACACACCAAUCAGGUGAGAGGGGAGGGGUGUGCCAUCGGGGUGGGGUACUGCGCCUCCUCACACCUGGACACUGUUAUAGCCAAGCUGGAGGAUGUAGCCAAGAAGGACAUGGUCAGGAAGUCUACUGGCUUCAUGGGGUUGCUCAAGGACAAGUCAGAGGUUGACGUAGAGAGAGUGAAGAGUACAGUGAUGCUGUGCCAUGGUUAUCUGACCUUCUACGCUCCCAUCACCCUGGUCACCUCCAGGAUCGAGUCCAGCAUCCUUCGGUCCAUGAACCCGCAUUUCUCCAAUGUCAAGGACCCCAGUGUAAAACAGAACUUGAUCCGUGCAGUGGAGUUGAUCGGCAAGGCCCUGCACCCCUCCCACCUCAACGCAGUGUUUGAGUUCAGCAGGAGAGGCGAGCUCAUUACGCACAUGCAGGAAUACAUCAAAGUGGAGAGCAUGUCAGCCCUGCACAGUGAGACCAGAGCGCUGGCUAUGAAUGCCUGUUCCACACUGGUUCAGCUCGAUCCCAAGAUGAACGAGGCAGACACCUUUGACCUUAUCAAGGUCACCACAGACAGUGUGUACGGCCUGCCCUCCCACGGUGGGGUGGGGGGCAAGGGGAAGGAGGACAGUGGAGGGGAGGGAGACAAGGGACUGCAGGUGAUGAUGCAGGAGGCCCUGGACAGCCUGAACAGCCUGCUGAAGGAGAUUCUGAAGAAAAGUGUGACUCCUGAUGGGCUACAGGAGAUCUUCAAGCAUCUGGAACCUUGGAUGGUGUCUGCUCAGGACCACGAGAGGGAGAGAGUCAUGCACACAGCACUGGAGAUCUUCAACUGCUAUCUGGAACAUCUGGAGUUUGGACCUCUGAGUCCAACAGUGUUCAGUAACCAUGGUACCCUGCUGGGCAGACUGACCCCCCGCUGUACUGACCCUUCACUCACUGUCAGACAGAUGGCCAUCGACUGUGUACAGGUCGUUCUCAAGAUAGGUCUCAGAUAUGAAGGCCAGCCAGUUGACUACAAGGACCAGAUGGUGGAAGCCCUGACCACCCUGAAGGAAAGAGUGGUGAAGGAUGACCCCCAGGUCCUCUUCAGUGUGGUCAGUGACCUGGCCAAGGUUCUUGUGAAGAAGGUUCUGACAGACCAGUUGUUGCCAUUCCUGGAUCUGGUACUACAGGGUCUGAUUGACGUCCACCCUCACGCCUCCAGUGGGGCGUGUGUCGUACUCAACAGUAUGGUCAAGACACGAGGGUCAUCACUGCAUCAACAGGUGCGUGAUGUGAUUGACGCGCUGCACGUGAAGCUGGGUGAGAUCACCGUGGAGCAGACGAAGAAGGGCACCCUGCGUACGGUCCGCACCAUGGCAACCCACCAUCUCGUGGGCGUGGCAAACGCUCUCCUCAACAAACCUUUGCCUUUUGAUGAAAACCUUGUGGAGUGUUGGAAGAUCCUGGCGGCAGAACCUCAGCUCACCGCUAACCUGAUCGACCACCUGCUGGAGAUCAUGGCGCGGCACGUUCCCUACGAGGAGAAGGCUGUGAAGGACAGGAAACAACGACCUCCGCGUACUGCCACGGCUCUACCUAUGGCUGCUUCCUGUGCCCUUGCUGAGAUCUUACAGGUUCCUGAGACAGAGGAAGUUGUCAUCAGUAACUACCACAGGCUGUUCUCUGCCAUCAUGGUCAGGGUGGGUGCCACUACAGGGGUCAAACCCCCACCCAAGGAAUCACAGGCCAGCUCAGAACAGAAGCCGGCCCCAAAACCCAAGAAGAAAGAUGCAGGUGCUGUGUCUCAGAAGAAGGAACUGGAUCCUUGUGGUCAGGCCAUUGAAACCCUGCGGGGCUUCCUGACCAGGAGUAAGAGUGAAGGUAUCCUGGAGUUGAUGGAUGAGGAGGAAGGCUGGGAACUGCUGAAGGAUGUGGACAAGUUCCAGGAUGGGAUCAUGCUGCUGGCCAGGGGACUGGCCACCACCAAUGUCCAGCAUGUGGCCCAAGUGGUGGCCUGUCUGAACUCCUUCCUGUCCAGUCUGCUUGAGCCACAGAGGGUCGUGGUUGUUGCCUUCUUUGCAGAGCUGAUCAACCAGAAGUGUGUGAACGACCUGAUGCUGGUGGAGUUGCUGGUGAACAGCAUGCUGGGAAGGCUGGUGGACGAGAGCCACAUCGUGCGCAUGUUGUGCAUCCGGGGCCUCGGCAACAUCGCAAGUGUGGGAGAUGGACAGGUCCAUAAGUACUCCACAACAGUUCUGUCGGCCAUGAUGGCGGGAAUGGACGACAAGGAGGACCCUGAGGAUGACAUCACGCUGGAGGCCAUGGCCGGCCUCUCCAAAAUCCUCGCUGAGAUCGACGAGGGAAAUGUUCGCGCCAUUCUCAUCAACAUAACCCUCAGGAUACGGCCCUGUUUUGAGAAGGAGAAGUCCUCUGUGCGAGCCGAGGCCUUUAAGCUGUUUGGUAACCUGUCCCGGUUUGGAGACGGCCCCUCCAAGGCCCCGUUCCUGGAGCAGAUUCACACCAACUUCAUCUCACUCCUUCUGCAUCUCAACGAUGAGGAUGAUGAAGUCAAGAAGGGUUGUAAGUCGGCUCUGCGUCAGCUCGGCCCUCUGAUUGGUUCAGACGUGAUAAACGACAUGUUCCAGAAGCACCUGCUGGAAGAGGCCAACCUGCACUACGGGGAGUUCAUGAACAACCUGGCCAAGGCUCUGAUCACAGACUUCUCUGACAAGAUCAACUUCUAUGUUAUGGGCUGUGUGUCCUUCUUCAAGAGUACAUGGGAGACGGUCAAGGGGAAUGCUGCAAUGUUUAUAGGGUUCUUGCUAGGAAACCUUCCCCAGGAUAAGCACAUGGCCAUCAGUAAGGAACAUGUUUGUGGAGCCCUGAUGCAGCUCUUGAAGGACCCCUCCCCCCAUGUCAGGAUACGGGCAGCCGAGGCCAUGAGUCUGCUGCACGAGUACUGAUGUCAUCAUCAUCAUCAUUAUCAUUCCAUGGCUGAGGAGUAGUCAACCAUACAUCUCAUACAGGCUUGUCAAUCAGAAGCCAUGUACACAGGUGCAAUAUCAUGUGACAAGCCUUACCAAUGCACUGGGAAAACAUCUGAUGACAUCUUCUUUUGAGCACGUUCAUGAUUCUGAGUACAUGUGUGGUGACAGGAUUUGUAGAUAACUUGUCAAAGAUAAAGGGCCCAGAAUCAUAAACAAAACACAUCUAGACAUUGUUAUGACAAUGUCAAUGGUCGAGAGGAGAACUGUUUACAAGUCAUGGGCCUUUACCUUUGACAUAUUAACCACAAUUCCUAUCACUACACAUUCAUUCCUGGAAACGAGUGAAGGUACUUAUUUUGCAGUAUUUUUAAGACUUUAACGCUCAGCAGCCCAAAUUUCAAUUUAGGAAUAAGACCACCUUAAUGUGAAGCUCUUUUACAAAAUGAUGUAAUACAGAUUUGUCAGUCUCAUAUUAACUAUUAGUCAGUGCCAUGCACUUCUGUUUGUCACUAUUCUGAAUACUGGCUUGACUGUAUAUAACCCUCAGUAUGCCAAGGUAGCUGUUUGGCAUCAAAUUUAUAUUAAUUAUGGGGUCAGGCAGCAGGUUAAGUUAAGCUCUUUUUGAAUGGCCAUAGGAAUUUGGUAUAAGAUAUAACUUAGUAUAGCAUUGUGAAUCUUAUUGUUUAAUUGAGUCCAUAUUUGCCCCUACAUCACAGAAAAUUUUCGUCCUCUUUUUUGCUAUACUUAUAACAAGGAUAAUUUACAGCAAAUUGAAGCUACAAGGAAGCAACAAUGAUCAAAUAUUAUAUUAUAUCAUAUUAUAUUAAGCUACAUUGUAGUUUGGAAUAGAAAUUCAAAUUUAACUCUUAUUAUUGUGAGAUGAAUAACUGUGGUUUGUGUAAGAUGGUAGAAAUGGUAUUUUAUUUAUAUUUGAAAUAAUGUAGUCCAUAUGAACCAAUAGAUAUUUGCGAUUGGCUCUUGGGCUAAACAGCGAUUAUUCAAUAGUGGAUGUAAGGGUGGAUACAAUUGUGUAUAUUGAUUAUGAUACAAUGAUAUGUAUUAUGAAAACGAUCAGGAUUAAGCUGAUAUGACAAAGAUUAUUGUUCAAAUUUUGUUUUUCUAUUAUCAAGAAUUAAGAUUUUGUGUAACCUUAUAUGCUGUAGAAUACCUGGAUUAAUAUAACAAAUGUCUUUGGUAUGUCUUGAGAUUAAAAUCUUGAAGAAUUAUGAAAUUGCAGUUUUAUAUUCAUGCAACUUACAAUCAUAUUUGGUGAUUUUACAGCUUUCCCUGAACUACAUAAUUGCCAGAAAUGCAAUAAGUAAUGGAUGCUUGAACGUCAAAUCUUAAUUAGGUGAACUGUUCAAAUUUGAAAUUGCCAUUAAAGUGUUUCUGACACCAAUGA